AUGGGACAAGAUAAUGAAUAUGAGAUUAAAAUGGCACAAAAACCAACAAGUAGAACAGCAACCACAUAA